GCAGUGAGCAUCGCUGCGAACGUCCACCGCGCAGCCGGCGGGGAGGUGGUGGCUCGCCGGCCGCUGCGGCUGCUCGACCCCUGCUGCGGGUCCGGGACGGUGCUCGCGGCUGGGGCCGCGCUUGGCUUGGCAUGCCGCGGCUCGGACUUGCGCGACGAUUUCGUAUGCCGCGCGCGCGAAAACCUCGACUUCCUGGGCGUGGCGGCGGAGGUCGCGCAACACGACGCUCUGGCGCCGUUUCCGCACCGAGAGGACCCGCCCGACGUAAUCGUCUCCAACCCUCCUUGGGGCAAGCAUAUUGGCGGCGAUGAGGACGGCGCCCGGAUUCUGGAGUGUGUCGUUCGCGAGUUCCCGGCCGCGACGAUGUGUUGGAUUGGGAAUGCGUUUGCCUUCGCGGCGGCGGCGGGCUUGCCCGGAGUCCAACUCGUGUAUCAUUGCCGCGUCGGCAGCGCUGAGGCGUUUGUGCUUCGCGUGCGACGCGCCGACGCCGACGAGCGGAAGUGUCCAAGUGACCACUGACCAGGGUCGCACCAGAUCCCGGCGCCGCGCGGAUGGGUAGUUUACCGCGACGCCGACCGCCGCGUCGGACACGCCCCGCGCGCGUCUACGGCUCAUCACAGGGUACGGACAUUGCUCAUUGGAACAACACAUGAGACAUGUCUUUGUCACGAUACUCGUGGAUACAACGCAGACGCGUCCGCAUCUCGCA